AUGGAGAUUCAACAAAGGGUGGCGGGUGAGAAUGCGAGGUUGUGGCAGCCGGACCAGGGCUGCAAUCUGGACGAAUGGAGCGAAGAUGAAGACAUUGCGUGGGGCGCCCUGCUCGGCGCGCCCGUCUACUCGUCAUCGUCUGAAGAUGAGGGCGAUGCAGAGCCGCCUCACCGAAGAAGCGACAAGCUUGCAGAAAGCAGCAGUCUUGCCCUUGCCGAUUCGUCAAAUCAAGAAGUGGAACAAGAUGAAGACGAGUUCGUAGUGACGGAGUACAUGAUUUCGGGCCUGAAGAUCAGCAUAAAGCAGCAGCCCCGUCUGGGCAUUGCUCAUCAAGUCUGGCACGCCAGCCUGGUGUUGACGGACUACUUCAACUCGAGCGAGGCGUUCCCGCCAACCGCCGGCGGCGAGAACUGGUGGGCAGGCAAGCGGGUGGUGGAGCUGGGCGCUGGCACGGGCAUCCCGGGCAUCUUCCUGGCCUCCAAGGGCGCUCGCGUGGUGCUCACCGACCUGCCCGACGUGUUGCCGCUCAUGAAGUGGAACGUCGAAGCCAACGCCCACCUGCUGCCCUCGCCUGAGUGCUGUGACGCUGCGCCGCUGGCUUGGGGAGAGGAGCACGAGCACAUCGCGAGACCGAUCGACGUGGUGGUGGCCAGCGACGUGGUGUAUUGGGAACACCUCUUUGCGCCCCUCGCACAGACCCUGAAUGAUAUUUGCUCGCCGGAGACGGUAGUGUACCUCUCGUGGCAGAAGCGACGAAAGAAUGACAAGCAGUUCUUCAAGAUGAUCGGCAAGCACUUUACAUCGGAAGAGAUCAAGUGCAAGCCGGUGGACGCGGUUCAGAUGAACCCGAACCACUUGAAGAAGACACAUCUCUUCAAGCUCAAGAAGAAGCCAACGAAGCCAACGGCCACCAAGGGAGUGAGCCCAGGCCCAAGCAAGGCCUAG